AUGAAGGAAUCCGACCAGCUCGCGACAUCCUUCAUCACGCUUUAUGGCUCAUACUAUUACAUGUCGAUGCUGUUCAGUCUUAAGAAUGCAGGGGCAACAUACCAGCAAUGCAUGCAAGCCUGCUUCUCCGACCAGAUCAACCCGCCGAUCGACCCCGACCGGCCGGACCCGCCUCGGGCGACGGUCGCGGUCUACGUUGACGACAUCGUCGUCAAGACGCCACGCGCGGACGACCUAGUUGCCACCGUGAGCACCACAUUUGCAAAUCUCAAGAGGUUCAAUAUCAAAUUGAAUCCUGAGAAAUGCACGUUCGGUGUGCCUAAGGGCAAACUUCUCAGGUACAUGGUGUCCGAGCGCGGCAUUGAAGCCAACCGCGACAAAAUCGCGGCUAUCACCAACAUGGGACCCAUCCGUGGCGUCAAAGGCGUCCAGAGGUUAACCGGGUGCCUAGCAGCGCUCAGCCGGUUCAUCGCCCGGCUGGGAGAGCGAGGCCUGCCGCUAUACAAACUCCUCAAGAAAUCCGACACCUUUGUAUGGACGUACGAGGCACAGGCGGCCCUCGACCGCCUCAAGACUCUCUUAUCCUCUCCACCGGUGCUCGUGGCUCCAGAUCCCUGCAAACCCCUUUUGCUUUACCUGGCAGCCACUAUCCAUGUGGUCAUCGCCGCUCUGGUGGUUGAAAGGGAAGAAAAGGGACACGCCCUUAAGGUCCAACAUCCCGUAUAUUUCGUCAGCGAAGUACUGCCUGACACCAAGUCACGGUACCCGCAGACACAAAAACUCCUCUACACCGUCAUCAUGGUGGCCAAGAAGCUGCAACACUACUUCACCGAGCAUGAGGUGUCGGUCGUCACCUCGUUCCCACUCGGAGAAGUUGUCCGCAACCGCGAUGCCGUGGGGCGGAUAUCCAAAUGGGCGGUGGAGCUGAUGGGCUAUGACGUCAAGUUCAUGCCGCGCACGGCGAUAAAGUCUCAGGCCCUGGCCGACUUCAUCGCCGAGUGGAGGGAAGUUCAAGCUCCAACCCCAGAAAUCUCUCACGAGUACUGGACCCUCUACUUCAACGGAUCGGUCAUGGGACCCGGCGCGGGGGCCGGGGUCAUCCUGGUCUCCCCAGAAGGAGGCAAGUUCCAGUACACAGUCCGCAUCCACUUCCCCGCAUCAAACAACGUCGCUGAGUAUGAGGCGCUCAUCAGCGGCCUCCGCAUAACCAUCGACAUCGGGGCAACCUGCCUGUACGUCUACGGUGACUCCAAGCUAGUAAUCGACCAGGUCAUGAUGAACUCUAACUGCGAGAGCCCUCUCAUGGACGCAUACUGCCAGGAAGUACGUAAGCUAGAAGGGAGAUUCCAGGGUCUGGAGCUCCACCACAUCCCACGGAAACAAAACCCCGAUCCGGACGCUCUCGCAAAGAUGGCCGCCGACCGCAAGCCGGCGCCCAAUGGCGUUUUCGUCAAUGACCUGAACGUGCCGUCAGCACGAGAGAAGCAGCCGGCCACAGACAAGACAAAAACAAGGAAAACAGAGCAUGCAGAGAAAACAGAGCAUGUUCCCUCCGACCCAGCCCCCGACCAGGGCAAAGAGCUUCUUUUCGAGAUACACACCGGGAUCUGCGGACACCACGCUGCACCAUGCUCCUUGGUCGGAAAAGCUUUCCGGAAAGAAUUCUACUGGCCAACAGCACUGCGCAACGCGGAGGAGAUCGUCCGUGCAUGCAAAGGCUGCCAAUUCUACGCAAAACAAACCCACCUGCCAGCCCAAGCCCUUCAGACCAUUCCCAUAACAUGGUCAUUCGCCGUGUGGGGUCUAGACAUGGUCGGGCCACACAAGAAGGCACUAGGAGGGUUCACCCACUUACUUGUCACAAUCGACAAGUUCACAAAAUGGAUAGAGGCAAAACCGAUAACCACAAUCGACUCCAAGGAGGCCGUCAAGUUCUUCUUGGACAUCGUUUACAGAUUUGGCGUGCCCAAUUCCAUCAUUACCGAUAACGGAACCAACUUCACAAGCCACUAUUUCCAAGAGUUCGCGGAAGGAUACGGGAUCCGGAUCGACUGGGCAUCGGUCGGACAUCCGCGCACAAACGGGCAAGUCGAAAGAGCUAACGGCCUAAUCCUCCAAGGGCUCAAAUUGCGCAUUUUUGACAUGCUCAAAAAGUUCGCGGGGCGUUGGGUGGAAGAACUGUUGGCAGUGCUCUAG